AUGCACCAACUUAACACUGUACCUAUGCCUCCACAACGCCAAGGACAACGAACCAUAUCAUAUAAAGAUAUGGUUUUAGAAGCUCAUGAAGCCCCUGUUAUUAAGUGCGCAAUUGCGGCCUUAUCUAAUUGGAUGUUCUUGGCUGGCUUUGUCGUCUUUCCUGGUAUUCUGUGCUGUUUGGCAGGAGGUACUGGAAUCGGAUGGACUGCAUGGUCAUUCAGGAACAACUAUGUUUGGCUGGUUGACCGUAUCUUGAUGUAG